UUUCAUCCUUCUUUUCAUAACAUCCAUACCAUAGGUAACAAACAUUCGGUAUGAGGAUCCCGCUCGGUGUCAAUGUCCAAAUUCGAUGCCAGACGGGCUGAGCGGGGAACGGGGCUCCGCAUCCAGCAAGUUCAUCAGGAAGUUGAGGGACCCCACAGGGUGUGAUAACGUUCUCGGCUCCUGAUAGCUGGAUAGGUGUCAAUUUCUAAUUCACUGUCUCUGCGCACGAAUUCGGCCUCAAUUACUCAACCCUGAACAAGGAGCUAGUGGGAGUGUGCGUUUCAAUCUCUCUCUGUCUCUACAUAGUUGAUGUUUUCCGACCGCUUUUCAAAGUGGCCGAGGACAAUCUCUAGCGCCGCCCUACAACUGUCUUCCAAUGCGGGCCAGGACUCAAGCGCGCUCGUCUCCAGACUCGACGACCUCGAAGCAACGGAACUCCAAACGACGCACCAAGACAUUUACUGGCUGCUGGACAUGCCGAGAACGCCGUGUCAAAUGCGAUGAAAAGCGGCCUGUGUGCCAUCGCUGCACAAGGUCUGGAGUCCGCUGCCGGGGCUACGCAGCUCACUUCACCUGGAUCAACUGGGACGCACCAAAUGAGAGAGUCAUGGCCGACCCUGGACAAAGGGGAGAGAGACUCUCCAAAGAACGUCACGUCGGAGUAAUGGUUUAUCCUCCGUCCUGUGACCUUCACAUAAAUUUACAGAGAGUGGAGGAGUACCUGAUCGACUUGGACCAAACGCCGAACUCCCCCUGUUCUCGCACCCAGGGGCCCUUCUCUGUGUUCCCAGCCCGCAAUCCCGGUACCACGGACGGCUUUGGCUCCGACGCAAGCCAGCCCAACUUUUGCACCGGGUACAACGAUGAUGAAUCUGCAGGGCAGAGCUCAACUACACCAGCUACGCUUGACGAUAGAGAGGUAUUUUCUCCAUCGCUAGCAUCGAUCGUGUUUCAAGGUCAGACUGGAUAUUUGGGAGCCGAUGGCACAUUGCCAGAACCUACCAAGUGCUGGUCUCGAGGGUCCAGAUCUAUGAGCAUCUCCGGUCUCGGUGUCGCCACCGGGACGCUCAAGGAAACUGACGAGCUGGCAUCCGAAGCUCCGACCUGGUCCGUGGCGGAUUCGCGACGAGAGAUCCGGGUGUUUGAUGAUCGAUUUGAUUACAUGGCAAGAGGACUCUCUGUCUCGGAUGAGUCUCCAGACUUCGCAGCCUCGCCCUUCCAAGAAGUUUUGCCAUGUUCUCACCAAACCCAAGGCCUGGAGGCGAACGCUCCAGAGAGAACAUCCUCAAUGGUCAGGCACAUCGACCUUCUCCAAGCUCCGGCCUACCAGCGCAAGUUGAUUUACCACUGGGUCACUUACCUGAGUGGGAAUAUGAUAGCCGUCGACCGCGUUAACAAUCCGCUGCGUACCCGUUGGAUGGCCAUGGCGCUGGACGGACUCAACUGCGACAAGGCCCAAUCCAACGGCUCCGUCGCUCUCUAUCACGUGGUCUGUUCCCUGUCCUCUCAGAAUCUCUCGAUGCUUCACGGCGGUGGCCACGACCGUGACCACGAUGACCAGUGGACGUGGCUUUCCCGACAACAUGACCAGCACGCAUCCCAUCACAUGCAAACCUGUCUGGCUAAGCUGGACGGUAGCCUCAAGGGCGACCCCGCGCUCGCACUGGCCAUCCUCACCUCUGCGAUCAAGAGUACAGUAUCGGGCUGCCCGGGGCAGUGGAGGGUUCACCUUGCUGGGGGUCUCAAGUACCUCAGCCUCCUGGAUCCCGGGCUCGAUCGUACCAUUCUGGACGACUCGAUCAUUCAAAGCUACCUCUUCCUCGCCGCGUGUUCCAACAUGCAGGUGCCGCACCAGACCAUCUCGUUUCUGAAUGCACUGCCAGAUCAGAGCUACUGUCUCGACGUCGACCUCGGCAUCCCCAAGACUCUGCUGAAGAUGCUGCUCACGAUAAACGCGCUGGGUUCGUCGGGCCGGCGUCCGUCUCGACGCCAGAUUGACCUACUCGAACUGGAGCUGUCGCUCAGCGUCCCAGCCCUGUUGGCCGCGGAUACCCUUGAUCCUGGCUCCUGCCGUCGGCUGCAGCACGCGGCCAACGUGUACUAUUUCGCGUUGUUGAUCCACUUCCGCCGCGUCGUCCGCCAGGUGCCACCGAGCGAGGUGCAGGAUCUCGUCGACCACGCGCUACAGCAUCUUCCCAAGACCGAAAGCGCCGACGAGCGCGAUAUGGGCAUCAUCUCCGCCUGGCCAACCCUUAUCAUCGGUGCAGAGUGCCGCACUCCGGCCCAGCAGCGCCUGAUGCUAGCGUGGUUCCACCGGCAGCAGAGGAAGGGCUUUGCAAACCUCGGCUCCGUCUCUCGCAUUGUGUCCAAAGUUUGGCGCGAAUGCGCCUUGAGCGCCUGCGGCUCUGCCGUUUCUUGGCAAGACAUAGUUGAAAGAUACGAAGACCUUGAUGUGAUCCUAGUAUGAAUUGACGCAAAGCUCUUUUCUAGACCUCCUGGCCUCGUUGAUACAGCCUCUAUGCGUGUGAAAUUCUGCAAAGGUAUGUUAAUCUGAAGGAUCGAUUGGACCAAGCGCUAUGGUUGGAGGCAGGAAUAUUGGCCAAGCUAUGGAAGUCCUACUUCACUGCGACAUGAUCCAGUCGAGGGGCCAGUAUAAGGCUACGGAUGCCCAAAAAGCUGCAUGAUACACGAUGCCCCGAAUACUUAGAGAAACUCGAAUCCGAAACAACUUUGGCAAACAUUGGACUCGUCGUGUGAGAAGCCCUUGCUUUCCAGCACGACGACAUGCAGAUAAUUGCCACAACGUGCCAUUAUUCCUGUGGACUUUUGGCGGGAACCGUCGGAGGCGCGGUAUGCGUUGAGGAUGUCUCAGAGUUGGGACUAGGUUGUUAGUUUCAAAUCAUCCGCCUCUAUGUGUUCAUACUUUGGACCACAUGCCAUUCCACAGUAGGUACAUGGUUGUCCUCCUCGCGGAAUCCUUUCGAUGAUUGCACGUCUGUAAAAUUCCCCGUCGGCUGUCAAGAUAUCGCCCGCCGGUCCAUGGCUGAGGACGCCGAGAAACCUCCUUGCCAACCGUGUUAGGAGGUACCCAUGAAGAAGAAACGAUCGUGCUUUACCACUCAUCACGGCCGGCAAGAAGAGAUAUGACUUUCGACACUUCGUCUAUCACGCCAGGACGGCAAUCGGCCGGUCGAACGAAGGCAAACUGGUCGACAUCAUCGUGAAAAGGUAAGCCCGGGGGGUUUGUGAGGCGCCACUUCUGUUUAUCCGAGUUAAUAGAAUAAUAUGAUUCGAGCAUGAGGAGUCGUCGGUCGGUCAUGUCGGGUUGAUGGUGGCACUGGACGCGGAGGUGAGAAUGUUAUGCCACGAUAAAUGCAAAGAUGCAGAAGACGUUGCUAGGGAGGCAACCAUACCUAGGUAGGCACUGUCCCUGAUCAUGAUUUCGUGGAGACAUUGCCAGCACUUUCAGAGGCAGGAGCGAGGCUGCCACCUCCGCAGUGGAAGGAGCGGUGCAGGUACUCCUGGUCUACUAGUACAUUGAAGACAGGCCGGGUUCAAGCUAUGAACGCCCAACUACUAGACACUGCACCUGGACAGGCCUUCCACUUUACGGAAAGUCUUGCAUCUCGUACCAGGUAUGCUUGCUGUGUCCAUAGUACAUUCAACCCAGAAAGUCGGGUUGAUACAAGUAGAUUGCCAUUGUAGCAAAGUUGCAGUUGCCGGCCAGAUGAGCAAAAGGUGACAGACAACAUUGAACCUGGGAUUUAAAGAUUCCACACUUUUCGGACAG